AUGGCGCCGUACUCGGUAAUGAUCACUGGAGCCAACCGUGGCAUCGGACUCGGUUUGGUGAAGGAAUAUUUGAAAAAUAAAGAAAUUCAUCAUAUUAUCGCUACUGCUCGAGAUCCAAAUACUGCUCAGCAUUUGAACGAGAUUAGCGAUAAUCGACUGAAGGUGGUGAAGCUCGAUGUGACAUGUGACGAUUCAAUAAAGAACGCUUAUGCCGAGGUCGAGAAAAUCGUUGGGGAGAAAGGUCUCACUGUUCUCAUUCACAAUGCCGGUAUUUGGGUUCCGUAUUCGACAAAUAUGGAACCAAAUCGUGCAACUCUCAUUAAAGUUUUCGACACAAAUGCAGCUAGUGCAGUUGUUAUAACACAGGUAUUCUUACCACUUUUGCGUAAAUCAGCUACUGCCUACGGAAAGGACGAGUUUUCACCUGAUCGUGCUGCCGUCAUUGGUAUUUCAUCGGGUGUUGGAUCCAUCGGCACCAAUACCUCCGGUUCGGGAACGCAUGGUUCCUUGGCUUACAGAAUGAGCAAGUCAGCGAUGAACUCCGUACUGAAAACGAUGGCAAUUGACCUUGAACCCGAACACAUCUUCGUCGUUUCGUUCACUCCUGGCUGGGUACGAACAGAUAUGGGAGGACAGAAUGCAGAAAUCUCGGUUGAAGAGUCUGUGGAAGCUAUGGUUGCUUCAUUUAGCCAACUCAAAAAAGAGCACCACGGUGGAUUCUUCCGACGGAAUCUGGAAACAUUCCCUUAUUAA